GCCGCCGCGCUCUUUCACCUUCCUUUCUCUUUUGUCUUUUGUCUCUCGCAUUCUCUUUCUCCACACUCUUUUCGAGCUGAGCUCGCUGGAUCGGACCGCUGGGCUGUUCUCUCAAUCUCAUCCUCCUCCUCGAUCGAAGCAAGCCUUCCCUCUGUUUUAUCCUCCUCAAGUUCUCUGCAUUGUCUCGUCUUGAGCCUUUAGAAUCCGAAAUCACUCCAUCGUCCCCCCGUCGUACUACUCUAACACAAUGGGUAACCUCAUUUGGCACGAAUACGCUCGUUUCGUGUCCCUCAGUGCUACCACCUAUACUAUAUGGUCCGCCUUCUGGGGCUUCUUCUACCGUAAAUUUUUCUGGGACUUUGUAGGUGGCACGAUUCGUGCUCCCGGCGGUAUACAACCAGCAUCCAAUGUGGCCUUCCUUAUCACAAUCAUUGUGAAAGCACCCGUGGUACAAAUCCUGUCGAUGGUCCUUGGCUUUGGCCUGCUAGCCCUAGAUUAUCCUGCGCCGUUUUUGAAAGGCACCUCCAUCUAUCGAAGUUUUGUGUUCCGAAUAGUGUUAUUAAUCCUUCAGGCGUUCUUCGCCAUCCUGUACUACCAGGGGACGAAUGGCGCGUUAUGGUCGGUGAUAGCUGCUGGCUGUUUUAUGAGGGCACAAAUGCUAGGAGAAAAGAUGGAGGAAGCCAAGAAUAAUAGAGGGAGGGGCGGGAAGGCUUAGCACGCGGUCUUAAGUUCUCUCCGUCUUCCCCCAAAGUGCUCGAGGGGAGUGAGACUUCCCCUUCAGAUGGCUGGGUACAUCUAACUUUAUUCAUCCCCUUCAAUUUCCACUCUUUGUAUACUACAUUCCCCCACUCCCCACUCCACCUGACUCACUUACUCUUCGUUCCGCCCCCCAUUCGUCAGGAAUACUCUCGUCCAUCCGCUACUCUUCUGGUGUUGACUGUUGUGGACAUUCUCCCGUUAUCUUCUUCCCUGUUCCGGUCUUGCAUUGUUGUAGUCUGAGAUGCGAGCUAGAGACAAAUGCGUUUUUCUUUCACUGCUCCUGUAGUUUGGUGUACUAUGACUGAAAUCGUGGUCGGUUAUUGGUUACUACAUGCGUGAAAUUGAGGGAACCUUGGCUCCGUCUUCCUCAGGACGCGUUAAGAUCUUAUUCUAAUCCAUGACCAGGUUCAUUAAUCCUUC